CUCGUCAGUCAGAAAGCAGGAGCCGCCAGGAGCGGAUGGCGGCGGCGGUAGCGGCCCCCCUCGCCGCCGGAGUUGAGGAGGCAGCGGCCACGAUCUCUGUUCCUGGGUCUCCAGGUUUGCCCGGGAGCCGUAGUGCAGAGCGGGCCCUAGAGGAGGCCGUGGCCACCGGGACCCUGAACUUGUCUAACCGGCGCUUGAAGCACUUCCCCCGGGGCGCGGCCCGCAGCUACGACCUGUCAGACAUCACCCAGGCUGACCUGUCCCGGAACCGGUUCCCCGAGGUGCCAGAGGCAGCAUGCCAGCUGGUGUCCCUGGAGGGCCUGAGCCUCUACCACAAUUGCCUGAGAUGCCUGAACCCAGCCUUGGGGAAUCUCACAGCUCUUACCUACCUGAACCUCAGUCGAAACCAGCUGUCGUUCCUGCCACCCUACAUCUGCCAGCUGCCCUUGCGGGUGCUCAUUGUCAGCAAUAACAAACUGGGAGCCCUGCCUCCUGACAUCAGCGCCUUGGGAAGCCUGCGGCAGCUUGAUGUGAGCAGCAAUGAGCUGCAGUCUCUCCCCGCAGAGCUGUGCAGCCUUCCUUCCCUACGGGAUCUCAAUGUUCGGAGGAACCAGCUCAACACCUUGCCUGAUGAGCUGGGGGACCUUCCUCUUGUCCGCCUGGAUUUCUCCUGUAACCGUGUCUCCCGCAUCCCGGUCUCCUUCUGCCGCCUCAGGCACCUGCAGGUCAUUCUGCUGGACAGCAACCCCCUGCAAAGCCCACCUGCCCAGGUCUGCUUGAAGGGGAAGCUUCACAUCUUCAAGUACUUAUCAACAGAGGCUGGGCAGCAUGUGGGGUCUGCACUGGGGGAACUAGCCCCUUCCCGCCCCCCAAGUUUCAGUCCCUGCCCCGCUGAGGACUUAUUUCCGGGACGUCAGUAUGAUGGCGGGCUGGACUCAGGCUUCCACAGUGUUGACAGUGGCAGCAAGAGGUGGUCUGGAAAUGAGUCAACGGAUGAAUUUUCGGAGCUCUCAUUCCGGAUCUCAGAGCUGGCCCGGGAGCCUCGGGGCCCCAGGGAGCGGAGGGACGAUGGCUCCACUGAUGGAGACCCUGAGCAGAUUGACUUCAUUGACAACCACGUUCCUGGGGAGGAUGAAGAGCGAGGUGCUGCUGAGGAGCAGCGACCACCAGGAUUAAGCCCUGCGGCAGGGGACGGGGAGAGGGCACCCAGCAGCAGGCAGGAGGAGCCCGCAGGGGCGGAGCGGCGGCGCCCGGACUCCCUGCAGCUGUGGCAGGAGCGGGAGCGGAGGCAGCAGCAGUGUGGAGUGUGGGGGGCCCCCAGGAAGGACAGUUUUCUGAAGCUGGGGCCCCGGGCUGCAGGUGGAGGGGCUGCGGCCGGAUCCAUUCAGGCCACCUACAACGGUAUGCCCAAGUCCAGUGCCACCCCGCUGGGGGCUUCUGGGGGGCAGGGAGCUCCCGUCCCUGCCUCCACUGCCCAGGAGCCCCUUCUGAUAGCUGGACCAGCGGCAGCUCCUGCUCCCCGGCCACUGGGCUCCAUUCAGAGACCGAACAGCUUCCUCUUCCGCUCUUCCUCUCAGAGUGGCUCAGGCCCUUCCUCACCAGACUCUGCCUUGAGGCCUCGGCGAGCCCCCCAGGUUCUGGAUGAGAAGGAGCUGAUGGCUCAUCUGCGCCAGGUCCUAGAGUCCCGGCUGCAGCGGCCCCUUCCUGAGGACCUGCCAGAGGCUCUGGCCAAUGGGGUCAUCCUCUGUCAGCUGGCCAACCAGCUGCGGCCCCGCUCCGUGCCCUUCAUUCAUGUGCCCUCCCCUGCUGUGCCAAAACUCAGUGCUCUCAAAUCUCAGAAGAAUGUGGAGAGUUUCUUAGAAGCUUGUCGAAAAAUGGGGGUGCCUGAGGCUGACCUGUGCUCGCCCUCGGAUCUCCUCCAGGGCACCGCCCAGGGGCUGUGGACCACCAUGGAGGCCGUGAAGUGGGUUGGGGGCAGGGCACCCCCGCCCCUCUGGCUCCCCUCUGGUCUGGGCGGCUUCAUCCUCUUCUACGUGGCCCUCAUGCUGCUGCUCUAUGUCAUCUACACUCGGCUCCUGGGUUCCUAGGACCUGAAGUCACCUCUUCCCCACUUUCUCCCCCCACCCUGUUUCUAUUUAUAAGACUCCCCUGCUGCCCCUUCCCCACCGGUGGUGCCUUCAGCCCCUACCAAAGACACUAGAGAACCCCCCCUCCCCACUCACAAACACUGACCUCUGAGGCCCCACUCUGGUGUCCCUGCCCCUGGGCCCCAGCCUCUGGCUGCCCUCCCAUAGUCCCACCUGGGCUGCCUCCUGUGCUGAGGGUGGCUUCAGUUCCUCUCCUGGCCCUGCCUGCCCUCUGCUCCCUCAGAGGGAUGGACCUUAGCCUUCUCCUUGCAUCCUCCCCCCACCCUGCUGUUGGUGGGGGGGCUAAAUUAUAUUUUGUAGAGAGAACUCUAUAUUUGUAGGAGAUGCAGGGGCCCAGGCUGGGUCCCUGUCUCCAUGUAUAAAUUGUACAGACUGUGCCGCCUAUGUGUUGUGUUGACGUCUGCUCUUGCUGUGGCCAGGACUAACCCUGGCUGUGCCUUUUGGGCUCUAUGUGUCAGCCUGCGUACUCCAGCAUUUCCCUCUGGAAGUGACAGGUUUCUACUCCCCCUGAGUCUUGGCGCCCUAUGUUCUCUCUCUUCUGUUACCUGCUGGCAGCUUCCUUCAUCUCAUUUGUCCCCCAGCCUUGUCCAGGGUGCCCCUGACCUUCCCCUCCUACAUCUUGAAGGGCCAGUCCAUUUGCCCACACUCCUUUAGGGUGUCUCCACCCUGCUCUCUGCCAAGGGCAGGGAAGUUGAGAGAAGGUGACAAGGGGAACUUAACCUGGGCCCCUUCCCCCAGGAGUCCCUGUGCCAGCCCCACCACAUCCUGGAAGAGGAGGGGGCCCCGGGAAGGGGUCUUCCCUACAUCGCUGCUGUCGUCCACGCACUGCUGGAAAGGCCUUAGAGGUUGAGGUCGGGGUACAGGGCCCCGACCCAGCUGGGACCCUGGGAGCAGAAGACAGAUCCACCUGGGCUCUGCUCUUUAGCAAGGACUCUGGUGAGGGCAUCCUUGGGCCUGGCCCUGUUCUUUGGGCAGCCCCCAGCCCCAGGGGUUAGAAGCAGCCCUGGCUCAGCAAGGUGCCUGGCUUCCCCUGGGUACCGCCAAGGGUCUGGGAUGGAAGACGGCACCGGAUUUUGUGUCAAGUGCAAUAAAGAGAAACCUGAAGUCUA